AUAUUUUUUCUGGCUCCCAAGUGAACAAGUUUCUGGACUCAGAAGGAAGUAGAAAGAAGAAAGCGAGUUUCUGAGGCACUCUUAGCUCAUUAGUGAUCACUUCAUUCCUUAACAAUGGCCAUGUCUUUUACUACUAAUCCUUUCCUUCUUCCUUUACGUCAAUCACAAUUCCCGAAAUGCCCUCGCCUUUCUUCUAAAUCCCACCUUCACCCUCGUCCCCUACGCUCCCUAACCCAAACAACCAUUCGUGCUAUCUCCGCAGUUACUGCUGAAUCGGAGUUAUAUACGCAACAGAAUCAAGCAAUUGAAGCAGACAUCUUUGCUUGCCCAAUAUGUUAUGAACCAUUGAUAAGAAAAGGUCCUUCUGGCCUUAACUUAUCAGCAGUAUACAGGUCUGGUUUCAUGUGUAAGAAAUGUAGGAAGUCAUAUUCUAGCAAAGACAGGUAUCUGGAUCUGACUGUAACUGCUGGAUUGAGAGAUUAUACAGAAAUUCAACCAGCUCGGACUGAGCUUUUCAGGAGUCCCCUUGUUUCAUUCUUAUAUGAAAGAGGUUGGCGUCAAAAUUUCAGGCAAAGUGGCUUUCCUGGUCCUGAUGAAGAGUUCAAAAUGGCUCAAGAGUACUUUGAAUCUGCUAAAGGUGGACUUGUUGUUGAUGUUAGUUGUGGUAGUGGUUUAUUUUCCCGAAAAUUUGCCAAAUCUGGAACCUAUUCUGGAGUCAUAGCACUAGACUUUUCUGAAAACAUGCUUCGCCAAUGUUAUGAUUUCAUUAAGAAAGAUGAUACACUUUCAACAACUAAUAUUGCUCUUGUUAGGGCAGACGUCUCUAGGCUUCCCUUCUCAUCAGGCUCGGUUGAUGCUGUUCAUGCUGGUGCAGCUUUGCAUUGCUGGCCAUCUCCCUCCAAUGCUGUUGCUGAAAUCACUAGGAUACUAAAAAGUGGUGGAAUAUUUGUUGGAAGCACUUUUCUGCGUUACAGUUCAUUAACACCCUGGUUUCUCCGCCCCUUUAGAGAGAGGACUUCACAAGGCUAUGGCUAUUUGGCAGAGGAAGAGAUCGAAGACCUUUGCACCUCAUGUGGUCUUACCAAUUACUCGAGCAAAAUUCAGCAGGCUUUUAUCAUGUUUAAAGCCCAGAAGCCAUAAAACUAGGUUUGAUCUUUUAAAGACAUUGAUUCUCCUGCAUUUUAUUAAUUCCUUCUGUAUAAUUGUAUUAUUUGUUUCAUCUGUAAAGAAAUUGUAAAUAAACCAAAAAAGGUCAAAAUGGAGUCUCGUGUAAAGCCUCACAGGUUGUAAAAUGCAGCAUGUAUCGAUGCCUAACUAUAUAUCGGAAUUUUGACAAAUUUUUAUAUAGAACAUCUAUACUGUGUAAGUGCCUAAAGGGAAAUUUGAAUAGUGGGGAUCAUGUAAAGGAUGUGGGGGAGUGUUCAAGACAAUGGUGUGGGAGAGUCUUCAGUGCAAUCUUGAAAUUGGAAAGGAGAUUAUGUAACUAAACUGAACUAUUUUUGUUGUGUUGUCCCACAUGAUAUGCUUGGAUCAAUUAUCCUUGCCUGUUAGGUAUAAGCCCUAUGUUAUUACGUUGACUAUUUUGGGAAAGUAAGGAAUAAUGUUAUCAGAACUUCACAUU